AAUAGAUAUGUGAAUGAAGGUUUUGAAUCGUGUUUCGAGAACAAAAAUUCAAGCUGUACAAACUUAGCCGUUUUCUGAAGAAAACAGCAGCACAAUGAGGCGGGCUAUGGCAGGGGCAACCAUCUCUCGAGCCCGUUCCCUUUCUAAUAAAUCUUGCUGUUUCCAUGCACCAAUGGGAGCUGCUCUGAGGCCGAGGUUUUUGGGGCCUGCGGCCAACACACCCAACGCCGGCAAUACCAACUCCUCCACUUUCCAUUUCAGUUUCAAUCGUAAUUUCAAUUCCCUUGCUAGUUCAGAGAGUACUCCGCCGAUCACUGAAGAAGUCAUAAACAAAUCAGUUUUAUCUUCUCGGUGGCAUUUCAUCGAACAGGUUUCACCCAACCUCACCCCUUUAAUCUCCAAUGUUCUUUAUAAUCUCUGCUCUAAACCCCAGUUGGUAUCAGAUUUCAUACAUCAUCUUCACCCUCAUUGCCUCGACACCAAAAGCUAUUGCCUUGCCGUUGUCUUACUCGCCCGUCUUCCGUCCCCCAAGCUUGCAUUGCAAUUACUGAAGCAGGUAAUGGAGACCCGCAUCGCCACCAACCGUGAGCUUUUUGAUGAGCUGACGCUGUCGCGGGAUCGUUUGAGUGUGAAAAGUUCUAUUGUUUUUGACUUGUUGGUUAGAGUUUGUUGUGAAUUGAGGAGGGCUGAUGAGGCAUUUAAGUGUUUUUAUAUGAUGAAAGAAAAGGGUAUUGUUCCGAAGAUUGAGACAUGCAACGAUAUGUUGAGUUUGUUUCUUAAGUUGAAUAGGAUGGAAAUGGCUUGGGUUUUGUAUGCGGAAAUGUUUAGGUUGAGGAUUAGUUCGACAGUGUAUACAUUUAAUAUAAUGGUCAAUGUGCUGUGUAAGGAAGGGAAGUUGAAAAAGGCACGGGAGUUUAUUGGUUUUAUGGAGGGGUUGGGGUUUAAGCCAAAUGUUGUUAGCUAUAAUACUAUAAUUCAUGGGUAUUCUUCUAGAGGCAACAUUGAAGGGGCACGUAGGAUUUUGGAUGCAAUGAGAGUUAAAGGGAUUGAACCAGAUUCUUACACUUACGGUUCACUUAUUAGUGGGAUGUGCAAGGAGGGAAGACUUGAGGAGGCAUCUGGGCUUUUUGAUAAAAUGGUGGAAAUUGGGUUGGUUCCAAAUGCUGUGACAUAUAAUACUCUGAUUGAUGGGUAUUGCAAUAAAGGGGACUUAGAGAGGGCUUUUAGCUAUAGAGAUGAGAUGGUUAAGAAGGGAAUCAUGCCAAGUGUGUCCACUUACAAUUUGUUGGUUCAUGCAUUGUUUAUGGAAGGCAGGAUGGGUGAAGCUGAUGAUAUGAUAAAAGAAAUGACAAAGAAGGGGAUAAUUCCUGAUGCCAUAACCUAUAACAUCUUGAUUAAUGGGUAUUCUAGAUGUGGGAAUGCAAAGAAAGCAUUUGAUCUCCACAAUGAGAUGCUGAGUAAAGGAAUUGAGCCUACUCAUGUGACUUACACAUCACUUAUUUAUGUAUUGAGUAGAAGGAACAGAAUGAAGGAGGCAGAUGACUUGUUUGAGAAGAUAUUGGAUCAAGGAGUCUCCCCUGAUGUUAUAAUGUUCAAUGCAAUGAUUGAUGGCCAUUGUGCUAAUGGGAAUGUGGAACGUGCAUUUAUGCUUUUGAAGGAGAUGGACAGGAAGAGUGUUCCUCCUGAUGAAGUGACCUUUAAUACAUUGAUGCAAGGACGUUGUAGGGAAGGAAAAGUUGAAGAAGCUCGAAUGCUUCUUGAUGAAAUGAAGAGAAGGGGGAUUAAGCCAGAUCAUAUCAGUUACAACACCCUUAUAAGUGGGUAUGGUAGAAGAGGUGAUAUAAAGGAUGCAUUCAGAGUUCGAGAUGAGAUGUUGAGUAUAGGGUUCAAUCCUACGCUUCUCACUUACAAUGCCCUUAUAAAAUGCCUAUGCAAAAACCAGGAGGGAGAUCUUGCUGAAGAGCUUCUCAAAGAAAUGGUGAAUAAAGGCAUUAGUCCAGAUGAUAGCACCUAUUUAUCUUUGAUCGAGGGUAUGGGGAACGUUGAUACCUUGGUGGAAGACAAUGCUUCGUAAUAAUGUGUCUCUGAGCAAUGUUUAGACCUUCAAGAGAGAAAAAGGAUGUUCUAGAAAUGGAUACCUGGAACAUGAGAUUUUUGUCAUUUCUGACUAUUGUAUAUUAGCAUUGUUGAGUAAUAUUGUGACUGGUGAUCCAAAAAAGAAUUUAUUUGAGGCUCAAUAAUACAAAUAUAUUCAUGUGGGCUCUUGUAUUUACUUUGUUGUAUGAUCAAAGGACAUAGUAGUUUCAUUUUAAUUAGGUACAUAUUAUUCUGAAAUGAAUUAUUGUGCUGUAUCUACUCUGUAGUUCAGGUUGAUUAUGAAUUAUGUAUCAUGCAUACUUUCAAUA